UUAUAAGGCAGAAGUUGGUAAUCUGAGAGCCUGUACAGCUGACAUUUUUCUCCCUUCGAAGUCCAGUUUUACCGCUGUCAAGUGAAUUUUAUUCUGAGUAAUAUAUGUUUCAAUUACACAAUUAUUUGAGUUCGCCCCCGUGAAUAAAAUCAGUGUGAUUGUAGUUGUCAAUUCUCGUCGAUAUAUGUGCAACUGUAAUGGAGUUUUCGUGAUAGUUCUGGCGCGCGAAAUGUUCAUAUUUGAUAAGAUGCUCGAUGUUCGUCACUUAUGGGUUGAAUGUUUUAUUUGUGUGUAGGUAAAUCGUUUACGUGGAGUUAUGUUAUAUCAAAUUAUUUUAGAACAUGCCGUAAUAACACCGAAUUUGGUGCUUCUAAACUUGGUUUUAACUCAUAUUGAGGUUAAUGUGUACAUUGAGAUUAUUAAGAGGUAUUUACCAUACGCCUACAGGAUGGAGACAAUUUCAUAUGAACAGUGGACCUAUUUUAUGUAAUAAAGUAGAUUCUGUUAAACAACUUGUUGGAAUGAAGAUAUUAAAUGUAGCAGAAAAGAACGAUGCUGCCAAGAAUCUGGCAGGUUAUCUCUCUGGUGGAAAUAUUAGGCGCCGGGAAGGACUGUCCAAGUUUAAUAAAAUAUAUGAAUUUGAAUGUAAUGUCUUCAACCAGAGAUGUCAGAUGAUCAUGACAUCUGUUUCUGGACAUCUGCUAGGAUUAGAAUUUGUUGGAAGUUAUAGAAACUGGCAAGCAUGUAACCCUAUGGCUCUGUUUGAUGCUCCAGUAAGCAAGCAUUGCCCGCAAGAUUACCAGCAGAUCAAGCGCACACUAGAACGGGAAGUUCGACAGUGUGGAUCACUCAUAAUUUGGACUGAUUGCGACAGAGAAGGUGAAAAUAUUGGAUUUGAAGUAAUCCAGGUUUGUCUUGCAGUCAAGCAAAAUCUUAGAGUCUAUAGAGCAAAGUUUUCAGAGAUCACAGCACAGUCAGUACAACGAGCACUGCAAACACUUGCUGAGCCAAACAGGAACAUCAGUAUUGCUGUUGAUGUGAGACAGGAACUGGAUCUGAGGACAGGUGCAGCCUUUACAAGGUUUCAGACUCUAAGACUGCAGAAGGUGUUCCCACAGAAGCUGAGCGAUGCACUCAUUAGCUAUGGCAGCUGCCAGUUCCCGACAUUGGGCUUCGUUGUAGAACGUUUUAAUGCAGUAAAUAACUUCAUUCCUGAACAGUUCUGGAAAAUAAAAGUGAUACAUACAAUAAAUGAUCUGUCUGUGGAUUUUCGAUGGAAACGAGUUCACUUGUUUGAUCAGCUGAGUUGUCAAGUUUUGUAUGAGAAAUGUAUGGAGCAACCUUUAGCCAAAGUAGAAAAUGUCCAAAGUAAACCUAAGAGCAAGUGGAGACCUCUUCCUCUCGAUACAGUGGAAAUGGAGAAACUUGGAUCCAGGAAACUGAAAGUGAAUGCUAAAGAAAUAAUGAAGAUUGCAGAAAAAUUAUAUACUCAAGGCUUCAUCAGUUAUCCUCGAACAGAAACUAACAUAUUCCCAAAGGAGUUGAAUCUACGUAAUCUGAUUGAGAUGCAGGCACAGGAUCCUGACUGGGGAGAAUUUGCAAAUCGUAUUCUGCAGGAUGGUCCAAACCCUCGUGCAGGCAAGAAGUCUGACCAAGCUCAUCCACCCAUUCACCCUACAAAACACACUGCAGCUUUACAAGGGGAUGAAAAACGAGUUUAUGAGUUUGUGGUACGGCACUUUCUUGCGUGCUGUUCCAAAGACGCUGAAGGAUUGGAAACAGUAGUUGAUAUAGAUAUCGCUGGUGAAAAGUUUGUAGCAAAUGGUUUGAUGAUUAUUGCUCGCAACUAUUUGGAUGUAUAUCCAUAUGAAAAGUGGAGUGCCAAGGAGAUUCAUGUAUAUCAGUCUGGACAAACAUUUGAGCCAACAAGCAUUCAGAUGACAGAUGGAGAGACCAGUCCACCACACUUACUGACUGAAGCAGACCUCAUUGCUCUAAUGGAGAAACAUGGAAUUGGAACGGAUGCGACUCACGCUGAACAUAUCGAAACUAUUAAAAGUCGGAUGUACGUUGGGUUGCAAAAUGGCUCUCAUUUUGUACCUGGUCAGCUGGGGAUGGGUUUGGUUGAGGGCUAUGAUAGCAUGGGAUUCCCCAUGUCUAAACCAAAUCUGCGUGCUGAGUUUGAAGCUGAUCUCAAGAGGAUCUGUGAUGGAAUAAAGGAUCCAAACGUUGUUCUUGCAGAGCAUCUUACCAAAUACAAAGAAGUAUUCCGAAUAGCUUUGCAGCAGGCAGAGAAAAUUGAUGAGGCCUUAGGUCAUUAUUUGCAAGAAACAGCCCAAGUACCUCCACCAGUUCAGGCUGAAGAACAAACUGUCGGUCAGACUGUGCUCAAGUGCCCUCUCUGUGGAAUGGACAUGGUUUUGCGGCGUAAACGAGAAGGCACAGGAAAGUUCAUCGGGUUUCCAGGCAAUGUUGAAGAUGUGGUGCUGAGUGGCGAGUCCUGCAGUGAAUGCGGAGAACACGUACAGAAACUGACGUUCAAUUUCCGUCGUGGUUCCUUGCUUCCAUGUUACCCUGACCAUUAUACUGGGUGCAUAGGAGGUUGCGAUCCUUAUUUUCUUGAUGCUUUGGACAUCAGACAUAGCUCAGUGAGGCUGGUUCAAGGUACUCACCCAAACAGAAAUACAGGAGGACAGCUUCCAGGGGCACCAAUCACAAGUACUUCAGUUGAUAGCGGACUGGGAAGCUUAGACCACAGUAAUGGGUCAACAGCCUACAGUAGUUCUGUUCCAUCUGGUACCCCCAUGGGAACCAACCAGAUGAGAAAUGGCAGCAUGCAGGGACGUGGACGAGGAAGGGGCAAUAAUCGUGGAACUUCAGGCCUUUAUGGAAGAGCAACACCAGCUUCAAACAAUACUGUUUCAAAUCACCAUGAGGAUCUAAUUGGGAUAUUAAAUGUGAACAAUGGAAGUAAAUCUUCAGCUGCGUCAGGGAGUGGCAGAAUACGAGGUGUGUUGGAUAGUGGCAACCCACAUGAUAAUGCUAUUGUGUGCAAUUGCAAUGUGGAUGCCAUUCAAUUGACAGUGAGGAAAGAGGGGCCCAAUAAAGGUCGUCCAUUCUACAAGUGUGGGAAACCACAGGGACAGGGUUGUAACUACUUCAUGUGGGCAGAUGAUGUGGAGAAUAACCCAUCUCUCAUCAAUCCAAGAUUUGACAAUUGUGGCCGAAGUAAUAGCACAACAUUCACCAGCAAUACUUUCUCACGUCCUUCCUGGGAAAUGCAAGCUACAAGUGGUCCUGGAGAUGAUGGUGAAGUGGUCUGUCAAUGUGGAAUGCCAGCUAAAAGGUUAACUGUACAGAAAGAUGGUCCAAACAAAGGACGUCAGUUUUAUGCAUGCCAAAAACCACAGCAUGAACGUUGUAAUUUCUUCAAAUGGGCAGAUGAUACUAUACCUGGUGAUGAUGGAAGAUGGGAUGACACCACCUCAGGUUCAACAUCUAGGGGACAGGGUGCAGGACGAAGGGGGUCUAAGAGGCCAGGACCAACUUCUUCAGGACCUCCCAAGAAGAGAAAGUGUAGUAUAUGCAAACAGGAAGGUCACAUCAGAACAAACUGCCCAAACAAAUAAAACUAUUCAAGAAUAUAUAAAACGAAGAAAAAUUGUUAUAAAUAUCAGAGGAGUUUAUAGUUAUUAAUAAAGGACAUACAUAAGGCAUAUGUUUGAAUGUAAUUUUAUGAGAUUAAAAAGAGAGUAUGUACGUGUGUGUGCGUGCUUGCGCUUGUAUCCAAAUUGUAUAUAGAUCUUUUCUGUGUCUGUGACGGUGAAAAAAUAUGAGUGAUCAAUGAGCAGACAUUUAUUUUUAUACUGGAACAUAUUUUGAAGUAACUGAUAAAAUAUUUGAUGAAAUGCCUA